CCUCCCCCUCCGGCUCUUUUAUGGCUUUUCGCCUUGGCUUUGGGAGCUCAGCACCCCUCCGAGUAGUUGUCACCACCCUUGACAACCUGGUGGGGCCCCCAUCCGCUGCCACCUCCUCCUGCUCCUCCUCCCCACUGUGUCAGCAAAGAGUCCAGGCGCCUCCAGUUCGGGCUCCCUCACCCUGCCAGCUGUCACCUUAAAGGGAGGCAGGAGCCAAGGAGGAGAAGAAAGCAAGAAGAAGGAGAAGAGGGCAAGUGGAGGGCGACAGGUCUCUCUCUCUGCCUCCAGGGCCACCCUUUCGGGGAGAAGAGGACCGCCACUGGACUCUUGGGGCACCCCUUCCUCUCCUUGCCUUCUUCUUGCCUUCCCCACCCUUGGCAGCUUUCGAUCAAGAGGGCAGAAGAAGCCCAAACCCAACCAGGUCAGGAUGAGGUGCUUCGACCUGGUGUGGGCAGCACUGCUGCUGGCCGUGGCCUGUGGCCCUGUUACUCGGGGCGAGGAGGGGCUGGAUUUCCCCGAAUAUGACGGGGUGGACCGGGUCGUCGACAUCAACGCCAAGAACUACAAGGCCAUUCUGAAGAAGUAUGACAUCCUGGCCCUGCUCUACCACGAUCCGGUGGGGGAUGACAGGGCCUCCCAGAAGCAGUUUGAGCUGGAGGAGCUGAUUCUGGAGUUAGCCGCCCAAGUCCUGGAAGAUAAAGGGAUCGGGUUCGGCCUGGUGGACUCGGAAAAGGAUGCCGCAGUGGCCAAGAAACUAGGUCUGGCGGAGGAAGACAGCAUCUACGUCUUCAAGGAUGAUGAAAUCAUUGAGUACGAUGGGGAGUUUUCGGCCGACACUUUGGUGGAGUUCCUCCUGGAUGUUAUGGAGGAUCCCAUUGAGUUCAUUGAGGGCGAUCACGAACUCCAGGCCUUUGAGAACAUUGACGAGGAGCCCAAACUUAUUGGAUACUUCAAGAGCGAGGACUCUGAACAUUACAAGGCCUACAUUGAUGCCGCCGAGGAGUUCCAUCCUUACAUCCCCUUCUUUGCCACCUUUGACAGCAAGGUUGCAAAGAAACUCUCCCUCAAGCUGAACGAGAUUGACUACUAUGAGCCAUUCAUGGAGGAGCCCAUCACCAUCCCAGACAAACCAAACAGCGAGGAGGAAAUUCUCCAGUUCAUGGAAGAACAUAAGAGGCCAACACUGAGGAAACUCCAGCCAGACAGCAUGUAUGAAACCUGGGAAGACGACAUCGAUGGGAUUCACAUUGUUGCUUUUGCAGAGGAAGAUGACCCCGAUGGUUAUGAGUUCCUGGAGAUCUUGAAGGACGUGGCCCAAGACAACACGGACAAUCCAGACCUCAGCAUCAUUUGGGUCGAUCCGGAGGAGUUCCCACUGCUGAUCCCCUACUGGGAGAAGACUUUUGACAUUGACUUGUCCAGGCCUCAGAUUGGUAUUGUCAAUGUAACAGAUGCCGACAGUAUAUGGUUGGAGAUGGACGAUGAAGAUGACCUCCCCACCACAGAGGAGCUCGAAGACUGGAUAGAGGAUGUGCUGUCAGGAGAGAUCAAUACUGAAGAUGACGACGAUGACGACGACGACGACGACGAUGACGACGAUGAUGACGACGAUGACGACUAGAGUUUAGAGCCUCCCGUUCUUUGCGAAAGGCAGACCCUGCCCGGGGAGGCCUACCUGCGUCGCCUCUUUUCCCAGAAUGCCACGCAGGUGGAUGCCACCACAGUGUGUCUGGCCUUGCACCAACGCGGCGUGUGCCACCGUACCCUCACGAGAACGUAUUUUUAUAUUGAUCCUAUUGACGUCAAAAGGUGUCCCUCCACCCUGUCCUGAGCAUCUCUCGGUGACCCCAUUCUGACCCCACAAAAUCCUUCUGUUCUGGGAAGUCAAGUUUGGUCAAAUAGGUUUUCCCUCCUUCUUUGCUCCGAUAUAUUUGGUGCUCAUUUCCUGUCUGCUCAAGCUUUUUCUUUGUGGUCCUUCAUCCCAUAGAUAGCUGUAGUCCACUUUGCCCUCGUUGGCUUGGCGAAUUGCCCAUUGUGAGUCAAGUCUUAAACCCUAUCCUCUAGAUUGCCAAGAUUACAGCAACUUGGCAAACGCUCCCUAUGGAGGACAAGCUAAUAAUAGUGGUUGUUCCCAAAGGGAGAGACACAGAAGACGGUCUCCAUGGGGAAGGGAGGGGAUUGACCACUUGGUAGACUUGGUAGAGCCCAAUCUUCUGCCAUGUCCACAGCUUCACCAUCUCCUUGCUCCGUCGUGUAGCUCCCUUUGCUCCCCAAUAAUGCCCACCCUGCAAUGUUGGGAAGAGUUGGGAAGCUUGGAAGAUCCACACCAGGCUUUGCAAUGUUGUGAUGUUAGGCAGAUGUUGGCUGGUGUCCGGUCAGUCCCAACUCAAGCAGAACCGAUGUUGAAUGGCGAGUCAACACAUAGAUAAACCCAGUUCUUCCAACCUUGGUUGGGAUUCACAACUGGAUUCAGGCCUAUAACUCCUUCAACUCUCCACUAGCCAUUGCUCAGUGGGGGGUUCUGGGACUUACGCUUCUUCAAAGUAAUACAGUGUUCCCUCGCUACUUAUUUAUUUAUUAUUUAUUUACUAUAUUUAUAUACCCCCUCUCUCAACCCAAAGGCAACUCGAGGCUUCCUGACACAUGCGCACAAGUCUCUGAUAGUUUCACCAACGUGAUGCUUAUGACAUAACAUAGAAGUGUUAUCAUACUAUGCCGUUCUAGUGUCAUAGCCACACUCCUGCCAGUCCUUUGACUUUGUCACACAAUGUCAUUGCACCCCAGACAUUUCAGCUUCAUGGUCAGGACUGCGGAUUUGUGGCUUCCUGAUGCAUGCGCACAAGUCUCUGAUAGUUUCACCAACAUGAUGCUUAUGACAUAUCAUAGAAGUGUUAUCACACCGUGCUGUUAUAGUGUCAUAGCUAUACUCCUGCCAGUCCUUGGCUUUGUCACAUAACGUCAUUGACCCCGGACAUUGCAGUGUCAUGAUCUGGAUUGCAGAUUUGUGGCUUCCUGACGCAUGCACACAAGUCUGAUAGUUUUGCCAAUGUAAUGCUUAUGACAUAUCACAGGAGGGUUAUCACACCGUGCUGUUACAGUGUCAUAGCUAUACUCCUGCCAGUUCCUUGGCUUUGCCACACAAUGUCAUUGCAUCACAGACAUUGCAGUUUCAUGGUCAGGACUGCAGAUUUGUGGCUUCCUGAUGCAAGCCGCAUACCGCAGUUCACUUUUCGUGGACUCGCUGUUUCGUGAUUUUUUGUCUCCUGGCAAAGAUGGAGUGUGGAAGGGGGUUUCGCCCUCUCCCUCGGGCGAAAAAUAGAGAGAGGAGAUACAAAGCAGUAUGUAAAUCAUGGCCGUAAAGCCCCUUCCUUAUAGCUACCAAAAAAAGGCGCUGAUGAGUUGGUUCGGAAUUGAUUUCCGAAUUUUCCGGAAAAAAGUCAGAAUUUUCUGAAACUUCCGAAUCAUAGAAUCAUAGAAUCAAAGAGUUGGAAGAGACCUCAUGGACCAUCCAGUCCAACCCCAUUCUGCCAAGAAGCAGGAAUAUUGCAUUCAAAUCACCCCUGACAGAUGGCCAUCCAGCCUCUGCUUAAAAGCUUCCAAAGAAGGAGCCUCCACCACACUCUGGGGCAGAGAGUUCCACUGCUGAACGGCUGGACCUAACCAUGCCUAAUAUAUAUAUACAUCCCUACUUUGUGGAUUUUCACUCUCCCACUCCCGAUUACUAGUGGGCAGCAGUCAUGUCUCAUACACAGAGAUGUGUAGUCAAGCUGAGUGGCCAUAUUCAGCACAGCGAUAAAAUAGCAAGAACAGCUGGAUACUUCCUGUUCUUCCUGAAAUAGUGCCCCAAAAAACUCUUCCCCAUGUGAUUUCCUCCUUCUAUGUCUAUGGCUCACAUCCUCUUUGGGCCUCAUGAUCAAAUGCUCCAUCCUUAAGGGUGUUUGGCUAAUUUGUUUUGAAAAUAAAGCUCUUUUCCCAGCAACGUGAUGCCGAAUUACUUGAAGAUACAUUUCUUUCCCUCUCGUAAUAUGAUGUUACUUUGUCUCUUAGGGGGUCAAUAUUUGGUCUAAAACUAUCUGUGAUGUUUGGGGGAAAGGGGAGAAUUGGUUGGGAAAGGUUGGGGGGAAACCCACGCAGCACCCGAUGGGGGGACAAUGUACAAUUUGUAUAUUUUUCAACAACUUUGUACAGAUCAACCAAAACAAUUAAAAAAUCAAACAACCAUAA